UCUCAGAAUUUUUUGAAGCCUGUUCUACAUCCAAGGCCCACACCUCGACACAUAUUUAAAGUAUAAUUCAACACAGGUUUUCUGCAUGUUCGCCAAACUCUUCAGAUCGUCCUCGAAAGAUUGUCUUCAAUCGGACGACCCAUUAACUCCUAGCCAGCAAUUGCGCGAAGAAAGUAGGAGAACUAGAAGCAUGGUUACUACGCGGGGUAGAGCUCGAGAAUUAGCAGAUACUCCUUCGGUGAAUGGAGAUUCUAUAAUCAUCGAUGAGGGUACUCCGGUUCCAAAAAGGAGAGGACGGCCGCGCAAGUCUCUUCCUGUUGAAGUUGAUGAGGUUUUAGUCACACCGCGACCUACGAGGAGCUCACAGAAAUUGUCAGUACAGGCAAGCGAUGGAGAGGCAGUACAGGCAAGCGCUGGAGAAGAUACGCCAAAGCAAUCGCCACAAGCGACUGAAGACAUACCUGCUUCUACUGAGGAAUCUGAAAUACCGCAAAUUAUUGAGGCAGAGGAGGAGGUAAUAAAGACAACAACAGCCAGUGGAGAUAUAUCGACCUUAUCGACAACGACUGCUGCAGUGAUAACGCCAGUCGCAAAGAAGCACAAGCGAUUCGAAAGUGCGGAGCCUGAGCCAGUACCAGAGGAGAAAUUAGAAAUAAUUGAAAUUAAGGAUGAUGAGGACGAGAGUAGCGAUGACGAUGCACCAGAGGAGGUCACAAAAAAUCAGGCUGCGGAAUCUGCCAAAGAAAAGGAAAGAGAAGCUGCAAAGGCAAUUGAGGAGUAUGUUCAUUUUAUUUUCGCUCAAAUAUAUUACUGACAAGGAUUUUAGACAAGAAGCUGCUGCAAAAAGGAAGCGCCAGGAGAAAAACGCCAAUCUUCAACGACAAUCAGAAAUCUCGAGCAAGAAGCGCAAGCUCGAUGACCAAUCCGGACAAGAUGAAAUGUUACCUCCUGCUCAAAAAUGGAAGGCUGAGGUCACAUCAUCAGCACCAGCCACAAUUGAGAGAGGGGAUAUUGAGAUGGACGAGGAGUCAAACACUCUAGAGGGGGAUGGAACGGCAGAUGGACGAUUAGACUCUGAGGACAUUGAAGAUAUCAAUAGGGCCUUCGCUCCUCCCGGACAUUUACCUCUUCCAGAUCUUUUGCCAGCCGAAUAUCUAGAAGACAAUGAUGAUGAUACCCCGGAAUCUGGCAAUCUCCAUUCGAGUCUGCCCACACGAUUUGUCAAAACGAACAAAUUACGCCACCUCUUAGAAAAACGACCGAAAGAUAAGCGGGUUGGCUCAACCACAUUCAGAGUCGCGGAAACUCGAAACUCACAUUUACCUCCUAAAGCAUCAAAUCAAGCGCGCUCGCUAAAGGAGUCGUGGUUACAAGGAAGGGCAGGAACUAAGAUCAAGCCAAACCGGAAGCCUUUCAAUCAAGGUUUUAUCAAGCCUAAGAAAUAAAGCCGAAGUUAUGCUUGCAAAUUGUGGAAUGGGAACCAAGGGUAUCAAUUCUUUGCUUGGUACAAUUCAUCUUAUUUGUGAUCAAAGUCGCAUUUUCAGGAGAGACACAUGAUGAUUGGAUAAGAGACAUGAAAGGAAGAGGAUCAAAGAGGGCAAAUGAAAGAGCGGAAGGGGCACUUCAAGGAAGAAUGAGCACUCUGGAGACUUCAGGAUAAGAGACAUAAGACGGGUGUUUGGUUGAGUUUGGUGUAAUGGAAAGCAGGAGUAAUGAAUGAUUCCCAGCUUAAUUGUUGAUCAAAAAUGGAUCUUGAAUAGAAGUGUUUGGUAGAUUUGAAUCAAUUGAAAUUAACCAUAC